CCCGCCACCACUGUCCGUAUAGCGAUCGCGCAGUGACCACUGCUUGUGGAGCUUAAUACGUUUUUGGUGAUUAGUGUUGAAAUAAUGUUAGUAUAUCCGCAAUGGAGGCCCGACGCGGCCAACGGCGGGUGCAGAGUCCAACGAUGGAUGUCUGCGGAGCGUUUCGCGCCUUAUUUAGCGAGGCCUGUGGUCCUUCCUCCUCUACCACCACAGUUGGAAGACGAGGACUCAUCCGGCGGGUCGUCCCCCGAACGCAACCCUAUCGAGUCCGACGAGACCGCGUGCAGAUGGCGCGGCUGCGGCGAGCGGUUCGCGAGUAUCGCACGUCUUUCCGCGCACGUCGCGAGGGCGCAUGCUCACGCGCACAGCGAUGGGCUGUUUUACUGCGGGUGGAGGGACUGCGCCCGCCCGCUUAGAGGAUUCAAUGCUCGGUACAAAAUGCUAGUACACGUGCGCACACACACGAAUGAGCGACCUCACACUUGCAACCAAUGCAACAAAAGCUUCUCCAGGGCAGAAAACUUGAAGAUUCACCUGAGAUCACACUCUGGAGAGAAACCCUACGUUUGCCCAUAUGAGGGCUGCGGCAAAGCGUACUCAAACUCAAGCGACCGUUUCAAGCACACGCGGACUCACACAGUGGAUAAGCCAUACUUCUGCAAAGUCCCCGGCUGCAACAAGCGUUACACCGAUCCUUCCAGUCUUAGAAAACACGUGAAGACUUACAAACACUUCGCCACAGAAGAGCCGAUCCGAAGGGAAUCUUCAGACGAGGUUCAGAGUCCUGAGGCGUACUCCCCAAGGACAGAAAACUCUUCUUAUCCCAACAAUGAGCCUUCGUCACCUCUACACGCAGGCUACAGUCCACAAAGACCUGUCGUAUCUCCGACCUACCACCCAAUUAUAAAUCUAAGGGACACCACACCAGUAUACACACCUGUACCUGUCGAGCCAGUUACUUACAUAGAACCCAUGUACCCUCUGAGAAUUCCGUCCAACGAAAUGUCCUACCUAGAAUAUACACAGAUGUACGAGCACUCUUACAGAACGUAUUACUCGAGCAGUCUUGGUUAUCCGCUCUAUAGACAGAAUGUGAGCGAGAAAGCCUACACUUAUGAAGACCAGAUACGGUAUGAUGACAUCACAGUAAAUGAAGUGAACCAUGCAGAAAGGUAUACGCAGAAAGACGAAGAAAUGCCUCUUAAUCUAAUCUGCCCCAAGCAAAGAAUAGAAUGCAAACCUAUCGAGGAACUAGUAAGACAUACAGACUUGCCAUUAGAUUUAAGUACUAAAAGUUAAAUUAAGAUAAAUAAACUAUGUAUUUAUAAACUAAUAA